AAACAGCAACCCAGACACGUCACUCACUUCACAGCCCAUCCUCGCAAUUUAUUAUAAUACGAUGCCCUCUUUUGCGGUGAUCGGUGCCUCUCGUGGCGUCGGCCUCGAGCUCGUCCGUCAGUUGUCUGCGAGCGCAGCAAACACCGUCAUUGUGACCGUUCGAAACAAAGAGAAGUCUACACACCUCAAUGAACUGGUGCAAGCAUCCAAGAGCAAGAAUAUACACAUCGUCGAGGCGAACGUUGCGGACCAUCACGCUUUGGAGCGGGCUGCUGCGGAAGCCGCUCAGAUCACCGGCGGUUCGCUCGACGUUCUUGUUCAUAACGCCGCGCGAAUGGAGGCAGAGAACAUGAUCAAGGGAUUCUUGGACUACGACACACCGGAGAAACUUGACGCGGAAUUCCUUGCCUCUUUCAAAGUCAACGUCCUCGGUGUGGUCCAUACGGUCAACGCUUUCCUGCCCCUUCUGCGCAGGGGAACAACAAAGAAAAUCAUCAUCAUAGGCAGCGAAGGCGGGGAUUGCGGACUCGUAUGGAAGAUGCGUCUUUCUAACGCCGCAGCGUACGGGACGACAAAGGCAGCCGAGAACAUGGUUGCGACCAAGUACGCCGCCGAGCUGGAGAGCGAGGGCUUCACUGUCGUUUCCGUCAGUCCUGGGAUGGUUGACGUGUCCGGGACAGCCACCUCGUCCGUCGUGUCCCCAGAGACCAUGCCGACGGUCACGAAGAUUAUGAACGGCAUUUUCGCGGCAUUCCCGAAGGCUGCUAUGAUCACGCCGGAGGAGUCGGGCCGUCGUCUGGUCAGCUUCUUUGACUCUGUUGGACCUGCGGAGAGUGGCGUGUUUCGCCCCUCGAUGGAGUACCUAGACUAGUGAUUAGCCUGACUAUUCUUGCUGCGUGUAACGAUAUGCUACAUCGUGAAAUUUACGGUGCCGCUGAGGUGCACUCGAAUGAGUAGUACAUUACAUAUCAACCCACAGAAAAUCGAAAGUCUGCAUCGCAGUCUUC